AUGUGUUCAGAUCUACCUAACAAUGACGUCAACGAGGACGGUGUGAAAACUGUGGUUGCAUAUAUUGAGGAAGAUGGGUCACGAUACAAAGUGGUCACCCAGUUCAAGGUAAUCACAAAAAAUGUUCCAAAAGUUGUAGCUGAACGAAAGAAGAUGGCAAAGUUUGGACUUUGCCGCGACGAGCCCGCCGGUCCACAGGUUUCUACUACGUAUGUAGCUGAAGAGGUAGAAAUGCAAUUUACUAGAAAUCGCGCCGGUGAACAAAUUUUGGAUGUGCAGGAGGAUAAGCAAGCGGCUAAAGUUACCAGCAGAGAACAUUGUCGCCAUUGCAAAGGAAAUGAUCACUGGAGCACAAACUGUCCAUACAAGGAAAUGUAUCAAGUGGACGAAGAAGUCGAUCCAGCAGAAGCUGCAGAAAAGGAACGCGCAGCAGCUGCUGGUGGCCGGUAUAUUGCU